GAUUUAAUCGACGUCGUUCAUUGAUGUCCGUUGAUUUUUAACCGGUGCUGUCGAUUUUUUUACUUUUUCGACAUACAGUUAAAGAAAUAUCAUUCAAUUAUUGUGAAUGUGUCUUUAUUUUCAGUGAAAAGUCAUGUUCCAAAAAGACAAUGUCAAUUCUAGAGAAUUAUUUAGUUUAUCGAUAAAGAAAGCAAUAAGAGUAGGAAGGAUUUAAAGGUUAUGUGGUUCGUCAGUUCAAAAAAAGAAAGUGUGAUAUAUCUUAAUCGAACAUGGAGAAGGUUUAUACGUCCUGUAUAAAAAUUAAUGGAGUUCCAAUUCUUCCACCUCUGAUGACUCAAGAAUUACGAGAAGAAAUGCACUACUAUAAGCAAUUGGCAAGGGCAGUAGGAGAAAAAUUAAAAGAAAUUCAUUUAGCAAAAGAGGUUAAAGAGCCGAACGAAAAAAUUGUGAUGUCAAAUGUAGAUGAUUCGUUCAAUUCGGAAAUUGAAUGUGAGUCUUUAGAUGUAACACCUAACCGAGUAUUUACUACAGAUUAUCCGGCCGAGAUGGAAAACAUAGAAAUUACAGAAAAAACAGAUACAAAGGACGCAAAAGAUUCAUGCAAUAGAACUUUUAUUGGAACUUGGGGAUCUAUAUCGGAUGAAGAAAACGCAGAUCAGAAUGAAACAGAAAUAGAAAACAAUACUAGUUCUGAUACAGUUAGCUUUAGUACGGAUUUGAACCAUUAUCUAAAUGAGUCGACAGAGACAUCAAUACGUCAAGAUCAAUUAAAGAAACCACAAGUGCCUAAAAUUUUGGAUAUCAUUCCCGUGCUCGAUAAAGAUUUAAGUCCAUUUAAUGCUUGCAAAGAGGCGUCAAAAGUCAGCGAAAUAAGGGAAGAGACGCCUAAGCUGAUUAGAAGAGGUUCAUAUGUUUUGGAUUCGCCUAGUCCAAUGCUUCUGGCUCAGCUUCAGUUGAGAAAAGCAAAUACUGAGUAUGUUCCAACUCCAAUGACUAAUGUAGUUAAACGUAAAGAGUGGAACAUUUCGCAGGCGAAAGCUGAAUGGGAAAGUCAACUGAAGAAUAAUGAACUUUUUAUUUUGAACUCUUUGAGUAGUAGAAUGGGAUUCAAGUUACGGAGAAAUAGCGUCCCUAACGUUUAUAACCAGAAAAUAUAUAGUACAAUUUAUCAUUCAAGGUCUAUUCACUCAUUUGAACUUCCACAACAAGCGAAAUCUGUAGACUGCAUUCAAACGAUGCUUUCUAAUGAAACUGCAUUAUGUGACAAAAGGUGUAACGUAGCUUCCCACACGAGAAAAUGUGAUGCGUCAUAUAGGCAAAUAUCGAACGAUUCAGAAGAAACCUACCGUGAAAAAUUAGGUAGAUAUCUCAUUAGGAGGAGUCUAGAAAAUGUAGAAUCUCAGUACCUUACAAGAAACGAGAGUUUGCAAGAAAAUGAAAGUUCUUGUAGCGAGUCUUACGAUUACAAAAUACCGAAAUCAAAUAAAAUACAAUCCACCAUCAAAUCAAAUUCGAGUGUCACAUUUGAAAAGAUCGUAUGCAUUUUCAAGAAAGUGCAAGAACAGCAUAAAAAGAGAAUGUCGGCCCUCAUUGCACAGCAGUACAGAGAACAAGUACACUUAGAACAGGAUUUUAAGCGACAAGAAAAGCAUUUAAUUGCAGAAAUAAAGAAAGCAUUUCCAGGAUUAUCGAUAUCUUCGCUUGUAAAUAGUUAUUCAAAUAUUGAAAAUGAAGCACCUCGAAAUACAAGAACAGAGAAGUUGAAUUCUUCACAUUCAAAAAUUUCCAAUUCACCGUAUGCGAAAGUAUCAAAAUCACUAUCUUCAAAUAUAUCAUAUUCACCAUGUUCAAACAAAUCACUCUCACCUUGUUAUUCAAAAGCAAAUGUGAUUUCAUCGCCGAGCUCUAAAAUUUCUAACCCUAGAAGCGCGCAUUCAGCUGUUGAAAGGUGUCCACUAGAGCGAAUAUCUUUAAAUAAGUUUGUGCGAAGCGUAUCUUGCCAUCAAAUGAGUAAUCAAUGUACUCAAACUGCCUUUCCCGAAAGUCCGUCUUCAGGGUCUAGUCCUAUUUCCAGAAUGCAAAUCAUCAAAAGUCUAGAAGAUACUUUCAGUCAAGAGGAGUUUGUUGCAGAGCAACGGCAUUCCGCAGUUAGUCGCACGUUAUUUCCCUUAGAGAGCAAAAGUACUCUUGUUCCUGUUGUGGAUAAUACAUUUUAUUCGGAUAAGCAUAAUAAGGCUUCUACUACCAUAAACUCAUAUGCCAGAGGAUAUUUGGUGCGAAGGUUACUGAAGACGGAACAUGUAAAUGCGCUAAAAAAUACUUAUAAAGAAGCUAUUAAAUGUAUGCUGAAACUUCACGUAGAUGCACCGUUGAAUUUAUCAGAACUGAAAUUUCAUCAACGCUUGCAGUUACAGUGUGAUGCCGCUUCAAUGAAUAUAGUGGAUAUAUUUUCUCGAAGUCCUAUCCAGAGGAUGAAAAUUAUAGCUCACGAUCGCGAGCUAAAGAAAAUACGUACUGAAAAGCCCAACUCAGCAAUAUCAUAUUCAUUUGCAACACAGCGAACACUUGCAAGGAAGAAAUUGAAAGAAAUCCAAAAAAACAGGGCACACCUUCACUCUGUGAGAAUUCUGAUGUGAAUAGAAGCGAUAAGGAAAUUGAAGGUGACGAGGUUGGGAAUGUGAAUGAGCCCAAUGGAAAUCUGCAAGAUUCUGCUGCAGGAACGGCCUUAGGGACUUGGACGCCAUGCGCAACAAGCAAAAUAGCGUCCCCCCACCUCUAUAGUAAAGAAAAUAAAAUGUUGUAAAUUCACUCAUUUUUACUCAAUAGAGAACAAUGAAUUUUCUGAGUAAUUGUGACUAACAAUUGUUAUCAAUACAUUUUUUAUAAAUAUAUUAAAUAAAUGCACUAUUAUAAUAAGUUUUC